AGUGGAGAAGUCAUGAACGCGCCUAUAUAGAUUAGAUCGCUAACACACGCAGGUUCAUUUUGCAGCUGGGGUUUUAUGAAUGAAAACGCCAGUGUGUUGUUUAGCUAAUUAUUGCCGUGUGUGAAGUUGGUACUUACUAUGGGCAACAAUGGAAGUAAAAAGCGGAAUAAAACGUUCGAAAAAUUCGAAACAGAAGGCGAAGAAGUCAAUAUACUUGAGAGGCUUCAAGAUGCUGAAGAAAAAGGGAUCGACUCAUACGACAAGUUGAUGGCAUGGCUAUUGCAAAUGGCUUCAAAUGACGAAACAAGUGACGCUGCAAGGUCAACUCACAUAGAUGAAAUUAAAAAGUGCUGUGCACAAGCAAAAGAGAAGAGGGAUGCGUGGAGACAGCAUUCAGCGUCCUGUGAUUCCUACACAAGUGUUGAAACCUCUCAGCUGAGUCGCUCAGGGAAGUCAGAGGACUUCCUGGAUAUUAAAUCACGUCUGCACGUCCCUCUUAGCAGUCGAGAGACGACGUUUAGUGAUGAAGAUGACACGUCAUCAAGCGAUGGGAAAAAUCGUCUGAAUGUCCCAUCGGCCAGUAGACAAACAACGUUCAGUGAUGAAGAGGAGCAUGGUGCUUUAAUCUACGAAAGAAAACAUCCCCGACCUCUCUUAGCGGCGCUGUCAAACCGACACUCACAGACAACUUGUACAGACGAUGUUGAGUUAAUUGAUCGAGAUUGUGACGUAGAAGAUGCAUCGGAACACACAUUUUUAGUUCCAUCGAAACAAAGUUCAAAAUUCCUAGAUCCAAGAGAUGCAUUGAAAAGACGGAGAACAAACUUUCGAAUGUCGGGUGGAAAUCCCAUUUUCAGUGCCAGUGUGGGGCAACUUCCUGACGAUAACAUUCCAUUGACUUCCGGUUUGACACAGAAGUCUGCUAGUAUAGCAGUCAUGAGACAACCGAAGUUUGAAAGGGACCAAAUCCAAGAUACCUCGGUACAUGAACAUUACGUGAAAGUGUUGGAUGACAAAUUACUGGACCGGAAUAUACAUGAUAUACUUUUAUCUGUCGAGGUUUUAUUUCAUGAAAAAUGAUCACCAAUAUCUGAUAUCUGUAUCUAAGUCCUGUAACGUGCAUGUUUGUCCCGUUUACCAUUGAUAUAAAACCAAUAAUAUCAAAAUAUGCAUAAAGCUUUCGUGGUCCAGCUCCUAAAUUGAUCGUUUAUAAAAUUUUUUGUGAAAGGUGAAAAUAUGCUUUAAAUUUCUUAUAAAAGAAGUAUGUUGUGCAAAUGUGAGAAGGUUGAAUGUUACGUUUCAUUCAUGUCAUGUACCGUAAAAUUUACCUCACAUAGUACAUUGAAGUGAAAAUCAAGCAUGUGUAGCGCAUGUAUUCAAAUAAAGAUGAACGUAUUGCUAUGUUUUGAAUAGUUUGAGAUUGGUCAAAAGUUUAUGCAGAGAAAACGAAACAGCUUUAACAAGUACUCAAAGUAAAGCUUACCAAAUAUGUGAAUUUUUAGAUUUUUUUAAAAUGCAAAAGGCUCAUUUAUAACAACGUAAAUGUUAUAAAAUAUUUUGUCUUGUUGUCUGUAGGGGAAAAAAUUUAAUAGAUCCGAUCCAUAAUAGCCCCAGAUUCAAUGAAUCUGGGUGCAUAACAGAUUCGUAUGGGAUUAUUACUCUGUAUACCUGGACAUAAUUUUCAUGUUUAAGUAUCAAUAUGUAAGAGUGGAAUGUGUCCCAAUUGAUGACAUUUUCCUUUUCUUGAAAAGUUGGCCCCCUUUGCUUUUAUUCUAUAAAAGUUAAUUCUUAAAAAUCUAUACGGUGUAAAAUUUAUUUUCAAUAGUUUUUGUAUUCCUAGUGAUGAAAUAGAUGUACAUCUUUGCACCAAAGCAUUUAUUGAUAUUUCUAGUAUUUACUUUUUUUAUUUAAAAAAAUGUGCUUGUCCCCAUAGACAUUAAUGCAAUCUUCAUUGAUUAAUUACUGCUUAGUUAAUAAUAUUUUUGAAAAUUUCUCUCGGUAAAUCUUUUUCUACUCUAAAAUGCUUUAAAUUGAAAUUAAAUUGUUGAAGUAGCUGCCAAAAGGAAGUGAGAAUAUACAGGAAU